UAAGGCGAGGCUCCGCCUCCCCCAUCUAAUUGUACAGUGGCACUCACCCGUAAAUUUCUCUAGGCUCUUAGGUGGUUAAUAAUUAGGUUAACAAAGCAAACAGCCAUGGGGACGAUCGCGCACAGAAAAGAAUCGGAUCGGAUCAAGGGUCCGUGGAGCCCCGAAGAAGAUGAGCUGUUACAGAGGCUUGUUGAGAAGCAUGGCCCCAGGAAUUGGUCCUUGAUUAGCAAGUCGAUUCCGGGUCGAUCCGGGAAAUCCUGCAGGCUCCGCUGGUGUAACCAACUUUCGCCGCAGGUGGAGCAUCGGGCUUUUACGGCCGACGAGGACGAGAAGAUCAUUCGGGCUCAUGCCAAGUUUGGGAACAAAUGGGCCACCAUAGCCCGUUUGCUCUCAGGUCGAACCGAUAACGCCAUCAAGAACCACUGGAAUUCCACCCUCAAGAGAAGGUGCUCUUCCAUGUCCGACGAUUUCAACUUCGAAGUCCCUCAGCAGCCUCUCAAGAGAUCCGCCAGCGUCGGUCCCGGUACGAAUGUUUCCGCCAUAUAUGUCAACCCGAGCAGCCCUUCUGGAUCCGACUUGAGUGACUCGAGCUUUUCGGGUUUCGGGUCCGGUCAUGUUUUCCGACCCCUUGCUCUCACCGGCGGGAUCUCCCCUCCGGUUCAACAGAUCGAGACGCUUUCGUCGGCAGCACCAGACCCGCCAACAUCCCUAACCCUAUCCCUACCCGGCUCCAGCUCCGCAAAAAGUCCGACCCAGAACUCCAAGUCGGUUGAUGAUCCAACCCCUUCACUCGGGGCGGCGGGUCAAACCGUACAGCAGCCAACUCAGGUCAUGGUAAGACCUCCUCCCCCGCCACCUCCUCCGCCCCCGCCGCCACCGUUGGCACCAGCGCCACCGACCCCAAUGGCGCCGCCGCAAGCAGCACCAGUGGCACCACCGCAGUCGCAUGGAGGAUUCGUGUACCCGGUUCCCGCCCCAGCCCCCAUGCCGGGUCAAGUAGCAGAGAGGCAGUUCUUCAGCCCAGAAUUCUUGGGGGUAUUGCAGGAAAUGAUAAGGAAAGAAGUGAGGAGUUACAUGUCAGGGAUAGAGCAGAAUGGGAUGUGUAUGCAGACUGAAGCAAUCAGGAAUGCUGUGGUCAAGCGUAUUGGAAUUAGCAAAAUUGAUUAAAUAAUUUAUGCAAAGAAAUUAAAUCCGGACCAAAUUAAUGAAUGCUGAUUGAGUGGUGGGGGACUGCGAAUUGGCCACGAAAAAUCUCUUUCAUGUCCAUGUCCGCGGACAUGAAUUUUGGUAUCAAUUGAUUGGUGGGGUGAAGGGAGAAGUGGGCAAUAGAAGGGAAGUAGUAAUUUUGUUUUUCUUGUUGGGCUCUUAAAUUUGGGGGGGGCGAUUAGCAUUCCCGUUUGGGUUCUUCUAUACAAAAAUAAUCUUUAGAUGGGUUAUUGUACAGACUAAGAGAGGAUGAGGGGAGCGAGUUAAAUAUUUCCUGGUGAACAGAAGUUGCUGGAAGAAAGCAAUCCCAAAAAAAAAAUAAAAAUGAAGAAAACAAUAAUCAGUUCCGAGUAUCUAUUUUUUCUUAGGUGCCUAUUUCACUGCUUAGAUUAAUAUGACUUUGCCUUUGGAUAAAUUACAAUUUGGUUGAAGACGGACGAAUGCAGUUUCCUUGU